AUGUCAGAAUUGAGCUUUAAAGAUAAGGUAGUGGUUGUAACUGGUGCUGGUGGUGGAUUGGGUAAGCAUUACUGUUUGGAGUAUGCUAAAAGGGGAGCAAAAGUGGUUGUUAAUGAUUUAGGUGGCUCCUUAAGCGGACAAGGAGGUGGAUCUAAGGCAGCUGACUUAGUGGUGGAUGAGAUUAAAGCAGCUGGUGGUAUUGCAGUCGCUGAUUACAAUAAUGUCUUGGAUGGGGAUAAGAUAAUUGAUACAGCAGUGAAGAGCUUUGGUACCGUGCAUGUUUUAAUUAAUAAUGCUGGUAUCUUGAGAGAUGCUCAAUUUAAGAAAAUGACUGAGAAAGAUUUCCAAUUGGUAAUUGACGUUCACGUAAAUGGUGCUUAUAAAGCUACGAAGGCCGCCUGGCCAUACUUCAGGAAGCAGUCAUACGGAAGGAUAAUUAAUACCGCUUCCCCAGCUGGUUUAUAUGGUAAUUUCGGUCAAGCAAAUUACUCAGCGGCAAAGUUAGGUUUAGCUGGAUUUGCUGAGACAUUAGCAAAGGAAGGUGAAAAAUAUAAUAUUAAAGCUAAUGUUAUUGCUCCAUUGGCCAGAUCUAGAAUGACUGAGAAAGUAUUACCUCCACCAAUAUUAGAACAGUUAUCUCCAUCUAAGAUUGCUCCAUUGGUCUUAUAUUUAACUCACGAUCAAAAUAAAUUGAAUGGUCAAAUCUUUGAAGUCGCUGCUGGUUUCUUCGCUCAAAUCAGAUGGGAAAGAUCGGGUGGUGUGUUGUUUAAACCAGAUGAAUCAUUUACUGCUGAAGUAGUAGCAAAGAGAUUUGACGAAAUCUUAGAUUUCGAUGACUCAAAGAAACCAGACCUCUUAAAGAAUCAGCAUCCAUUCAUGUUGAAUGACUAUAACUCCUUAGUUGCUGCUGCUGAUAAGUUACCCCCAAACGAUGCAAGCGGUGCUCCUGCAGUUUCAUUGAAGGGUAAGGUUGUCUUGAUCACUGGCGCUGGUUCUGGUUUGGGUCGUGACUAUGCUUUAUGGUUCGCCAAGUAUGGUGCUAAAGUCGUUGUGAAUGAUUUCAAAGAUCCAUCAAAGGUUGUAGACGAAAUUGUAGCUUCUGGUGGUGAUGCUCAUGGUGAUACACAUGAUGUUGCAAGUGACUCUCAGGCUAUUAUAGACAACGUUAUUAACAAGUAUGGAACUAUUGAUGUUCUUGUUAACAAUGCAGGUAUUUUAAGGGACAAGUCGUUUGCUAAGAUGACUGAUGACGAAUGGAACAUUGUCCAAAGGGUCCAUUUAUUCGGUACAUUUAACUUGACUAGAUUGGCUUGGCCUCAUUUCUUAGAGAAAAAGGCUGGUAGGGUAAUCAACGUUACAUCUACGUCUGGAAUUUAUGGUAACUUCGGUCAGGCUAACUAUGCUACAGCAAAAGCGGCAAUUUUAGGUUUCUCUAGAACCAUCGCCAUUGAAGGUGCCAAGAGUAACAUUAAAGUCAAUGUAGUUGCUCCUCAUGCAACUACUGCUAUGACUUUAACUAUCUUUAGAGAGGAAGAUAGAAACCUCUUCCCACCUGAUUUAGUCGCUCCUUUAUUAGUUUAUUUGUCGUCUGACGAGGUUCCUGUUACCGGUGAAUUGUUCGAAGUAGGCGGUGGAUGGAUUGGUAAUACUAGAUGGCAAAGAGCCAAGGGAUCUGUAAGUAGAGAGGAAAAUGUCACCCCUGAGUUUGUCAGAAACACGCUAGGUGAUAUCACUGAUUUCAGUACUGGUACUGCUAACCCAAAGAGUACGACUGAAUCUUCCAUGGCUAUUUUGAGUGCUGUUGAGGGCGAUGAUGAUGAUGAUGAUGAUGAUGAAGAUGAAGAUGAAGAUGAUGAGGAUGAGCCUUUAGAUGAUCCUAAAUUUACUUUCACUGAUAAAGAAGUCAUAUUAUACAAUCUCGGACUUGGUGCAACUGCUAAGGAAUUGAAAUAUGUAUACGAGAAUGAUAGUGAUUUCCAAGUCAUCCCUACGUUUGCUCACUUGCCAACUUUCAAUUCAGGUAAUUCUCUGUACUCUUUCUCCAAAUUGUUGAAGAAUUUCAACCCUAUGUACUUAUUGCAUGGGGAGCAUUACCUUAAAAUAGAAAAAUUCCCAAUUCCCACUGAGGCAACUAUUGAGACCUUCUUCACACCUUUGGAAGUAAUUCAGAAGGGAUCGAACACAAUCGUUGUUCAAGGUUCAAAGUCUGUUGACGUGAAUACCAAAGAAACGUUGUUUUCUAAUGAAGCAACCUUUUUUAUUAGAAAAUGUGAAGGUGAGACUAAGAAGUAUGCUGAGAGAAAUUCCUUUGCUACUUCACAGUUCAUAUCACCAUCUACCGAACCUGACUUCACAACAUCUAUUAAGAUUUCAGAAGACCAAGCAGCAUUAUACAGAUUAUCUGGUGACAGAAACCCAUUACAUAUCGAUCCAGCUUUCGCUAAAGGUGCUGGAUUUGAUAAACCAAUCUUGCAUGGUAUGUGUACUUACGGUUUAUCUGCGAAGGCUUUGUUAGAUCAGUUUGGUCCUUUCACUGAGAUUAAGGGUAGAUUUACUGGUAUUGUUUUCCCAGGUGAAACCUUGAAACUUCUUGCUUGGAAACAAGGCAACACUGUUUUAUUCCAGGUUCAAGUGGUGGAGAGGAAGACGAUUGCCAUUAACAACGCGGCAAUCAAGUUACUUAGCAACAAGUCAAAUCUUUGA